AUGGGGUGCAACAUGCAUCUGUGUUUGCUGUGUGUAUUUGCUGUCGCCUGCUUUGUUACCGGCUCUGCCUCUGCAUUAAACAGCAUUGCACCAGAUAUCGGUAGGCAUAAGAGCACGGCGGUUGCACUGAGUCCUCCGGGCGACAACAACACAUGUACCAACGAGAAGCAGAAAAUUAAAAUAACGAUUGCCGCUACACAGACAGACGCAACGUUCAAAUGUGGUGGUACGGUCACUACACUACAUCCGGCAGACUGUACCAGCUCCUCUAGUUGCCCACCGGAGGCGCUAUCCAGCGAAGACCGCCCCGUAGUACCCAGAAUUUGUGAAACCGAGAACUGUGACAAGCCCAGAAUUUUAACUGACGUGUUUCCGGGAGCCACAAGGGUAGAUGACUCAGACACGCAAGUUUAUCAGUUGACUAUCCCCAAGGGCAACCGGCCAAAGAAAGAUGUGUGGUAUCAUUGCAAGAGUGAAGGGGGGGACAACAUUUGCAAAGUGCAAAUCAGUGUCGCCGCUGCUCUAGCCGACCCACCGGACGACCACCAGUGCUCUGAUACGAAGCCGACUAUUACAGUUGACGUUGGCGUUGAAGAAGAAGAAGCAACGUUCAAAUGCGGUGACACACUAACCACGCUAGACCCGCAAGACUGCUCCGGCGACUCGUGCCAGGAAGAAGUUGCACACGACAACGAUGAGCCAGUAUCGAUGAUAUAUGAAGACGAGAGUUGCAGUACAGCUAAGCACUUAGACCAAGUAUUCCCAGGCGCCACGCGUCACGACGAUGCCACAAACCACGUUUACAAGCUGACGAUUCCAAAGGAAGGAAGGACGACAAAGGCCGCUUGGUAUCAGUGCAAAGGGUCAGAACGGAACAGUAACACCCUUUGCAAAAUUAAAAUCAACGUCACCGCCGCUCUGCCGACGCCGCCCACUCCAGAGGCGAAGAACAAAUGCACCGCCGCCGUCGAGGAACUGAAUCUCAGUGCGUCGCCUCAGUUGCCUCUCACAUUCGUGUGCCCGCACGACCUUCCUCUAAAGCCUAGUGAAACGAGGGUGUACGACAACCGCGACGGUCAAUGCACGAACGAAGUGGACCUCUCUAGUCUCGUAGAUGCGACUCUCUCUGGCACAACUCAGGUGGAUACGUUGGCACCGGGAGAUACCACGUAUACAUUGACUGUGAGGAGGCUUCCGCCAGAGAGGGCACUGCUCUGCUAUAGGUGCUCGGGUCGAAGUGCCUUUUCGGAGUCUUUCAGAAAGGCUAGAGGUCCUGUGGCGAAGGAA